AUGAUUGUUAAAAAAUAUAAGGAAUUGGGGCCUAUGCGAUAUGAAGAAUUGGUUGUGUUAAUAUCCUUUCUGUCGCUAAUUGCUUUGGUUCGAAAAUUUUUUUGUUAUGUGACUGAUGGAACGGCAUCAAUGCUAAUUUCCAUGUUGCUUUUUGUUUUGCCUGCAGAAAAUCCAUUUUCAUCGGCAACCGUGGACAAACUUUUAGAAAACAAAGAUGAGCCUAUUCGUACUAUAAUAACUUGGAAGUUAAUGAGGGAAAAAUUUUCUUGGUCAACCCUCUUUCUGUUGGGAGGUGGAUUUGCUAUGGCUAAUGGAGUAAAGAAAAGUGGUCUUUCUGAUUGGAUUGCUAUCAAACUGUCAGCAAUGCAAUGGAUGCCUCCUUGGGCCUUCAUCGCAUUUUCGAGUGGAAUUGUUUGCCUGUUGACUGAAUUCGCUAGCAAUACAGCUACAGCAGCUGUCUUUAUCCCUGUGGUUGCUUCUAUUGCGAUUGCUCAAGAUAUUAAUCCACUUACCUAUGUAUUGCCGGUUACUUUUGCAUCAUCCUUCUCAUUUAUGUUUCCUUCGGGCACUCCACCAAACGCUGUUGUCUUCUCUGCAAAAAUAUUGCAUGUUUCUGAUAUGAUUUUGGGUGGAUUGGUUCUGAAAAUUGGUUCAUUCAUUCUAUGCCAAGUAUUUGCUCAGACUUUUGCGCCUUUGGUUUUUGAUUUUGGUAUCUUGAAUGUCACUGUUACGGAGACGACUAUGGCUCUCUAA